AUGGGUCCUCAACCCGGGGAAAGACCUAACAUUGAACAGGACUUGGACAAUGUUUACACCAAGAUGUACCGCCAGCGUCAAUUUGACGACCUAUUAAGGAACUACGACGAUGACAUCAUGAGGUUCGGGAAUGAAAAGAGGUCUGCAGUGGCUACGGCGCUGAACGCCGGUCGCCGGAGACGGCAGCCGACGCCCGCCCUCGGUAAGGCAGUCACGCCGUAUGUCGGCGUCGGAGUCCUUAACGACGUGGGUUCCUUCUUCGAUACUCUGAAAGACAACAUUGAGACCCUCGCCUCUCUGUCCCCGCAGCAGAGGUCUAGCCUAUUUCAAGAACCGCCGACUGUGGUGCACGCUAGUAAUUCUGGCGGUGGUAGCGUCGGUGGCGGAAUAAGAAAGCUGUACGCUCUUCGCCCACUCAGACCGUCAGGAAACAUCAGGUGA